AUGUCGCUCUUCACUGUACCCAUCAGUACUGGUGGAUCUUUUGAGUGCACUUCCCCAGCCGAGAGAGUGUACCUCCUUACAUUCAACUCCCCACCGGACAAUCGACAAACUACCGCAUUUUUGGACGCAUUUAGCCUUGCCCUUGACAUUGUGGAAACUAAAUUGGCCCCUGGGGUUCUUAUAACGACCAGCAAGAUCUCCAAGUUUUACAGCAAUGGAUUGGACCUGGAGCAUACAAUGGGAACCGAAGGGUUUUUCCCGAAUGUCUAUUGGCGCUUUUGGAAGAGAUUACUUACCUUCCCUUGGCCCACCAUCGCCCUAAUUAACGGACAUGCGUACGCAGGAGGUCUUUUUGUCGCGCUACUCCACGACUAUCGCAUCCAGAGCCCAACAAAAGGGUAUCUCUGUUUGAAUGAAGUUCAUUUUGGAGCCUGGCUCCCCGCACCCAUGGCUAGUAUUGUGAAAUACAAAGUUGGAAGACCCGCCACUGUGCGAGAUUUGAUCACGGAGGGUAGGCGGUUUGACUCGAAAGAAGCAUUGUCAGCGGGGAUAAUCGAUGCCACGGGAGGGUUAGAAGAGGCUCUCAAGCUAAUCAAAGAUCGUUCGUUGAUUAAGCUUAGCCAGACGGGAUCAUAUGCGAUGUUAAAAGAGGAAGUAUAUAAUGAGACGCUGAAGGUACUUGAAUCCCAUGAAGAAAAUGAAAAAAUAAGAGUAGACCGUAUACAAGAGAGGGAAGACUCCGAGCCGGGCCGUAUUGAAAGAGUGGGCGCUUGGGAGAAACGCCAGGGUGGGUCGAAACUAUGA